AUGAAAGAGGCCGGCAUGGUUGGCGUCCUGCCCUGCCUCCUCCUCCUCCUCCUCUUCCUGAAGCCGCGCGCCAACGCUGCCGCCGCCGCCGCCUACUCCGAGUACUCGUGCAAUGGCACCACCGGCAACUACACGGCGCGCGACGCCUUCGGGGCCAACCUCGCGCGCCUCACCGCCGAGCUCCCCGCCUCCGCCUCCGCCUCUCCGUCCCUCUACGCCUCGGCGGCCAUCGGCGCCUCCCCUGACAAGGUCUUCGCCCUCGCGCUCUGCCGCGGCGACAUCACGGACGCCAGGACGUGCUCCGGCUGCCUGGACAACGCGUUCAGGCAGCUACGGGGGCUCUGCGCCGGCGAGAGGGACGCCACGUUCUACAACGACCUCUGCACCCUCCGCUACUCCGGCGAGGACUUCCUGGCGCGGCCGGACGACAACAACCCGGUGAUCAACGGCAUGGACGUGAACGGGUCGACGUACGCCGCGUGGGACAGCCGCAACGCCACGUCCCGGAGCUUCUUCCUGUCCCUGGUUGGCACGCUGUUCGGGGAGAUGUCCAUGUACGGCGCGUACAACUCCUCGGUGCGCCGGUUUGCCAGCGCCAUCAUGUACAUCAACCCGCAGCUGCCCACGGUGUACGGCCUGGCGCAGUGCACGCCGGACCUCUCCCCGGGGCAGUGCUGGCACUGCUUCCUGGGCCUCCAGGAGCAGACCCGCCAGUGGUACGAUGGCCGCGAGGGCGGCCGCAUCGUCGGCGUCCGGUGCAAUAUUCGCUAUGAAGGCUACCAGUUCUACGACGGCAUGGCCGACGUCAGGAUCGGCACACACGGUGACUCAUCUUCACCAACAGAAAGCAAUGGAAGCAAGCACAGGCGGACCCUAAUAAUCGUUGUAUGCGUGUCCGUUACGGUGUUCUGUUCUAUGUUGGUUGGCUGCCUUCUACUCAUCAGAAGACUAAGAAAAGGAGCUGGAAACACGAAAUUAGAACAAGGUCAUAAGAGGAACAACUCGAAGACAGAGGAGGCGCUGAAGCUGUGGAAGAUCGAAGAGAGCAGCUCAGAGUUCACCUUGUACGACUUCCCUGAGCUCGCCGCUGCCACGGACAGUUUCUCCGAAGAGAACAAGCUCGGACAAGGCGGCUUCGGUCCGGUUUACAAGGGGAAGUUUUCCGACGGGGCGGAGGUGGCGGUGAAGAGGCUGGCGGCGCAGUCCGGGCAGGGGCUUGUGGAGUUCAAGAACGAGAUCCAGCUCAUCGCCAAGCUGCAGCACACGAACCUCGUCAAGCUCGUGGGCUGCUGCGUGCAGGAGGAGGAGAAGAUGCUGGUGUACGAGUACCUGCCCAACCGAAGCCUAGACUUCUUUAUCUUCGACCAAGAGCGAGGUCCCUUGCUGGACUGGCAGAAACGGCGGCACAUAAUGGAAGGGAUCGCGCAGGGGCUCCUGUACCUGCACAAGCACUCCCGGGUGCGCAUCAUUCACCGGGACAUGAAGGCCAGCAACAUAUUGCUGGACAAGGAUCUCAACCCCAAGAUCUCCGACUUCGGCAUGGCCAGGAUCUUCGGCUCCAACAUGACGGAGGCCAACACCAACAGGGUGGUCGGCACCUACGGUUACAUGGCACCUGAGUAUGCUUCCGAGGGCCUCUUCUCGGUCAAGUCUGACGUCUUCAGCUUCGGCGUGUUGCUGCUCGAGAUAGUGAGCGGCAAGAGGAACAGCAGCGGCCACGGCCAGCACUACGGAGAAUUCGUCAACCUCCUCGGCUACGCAUGGCAGCUGUGGAGGGAUGGGAGAGCGUUCGAGCUGGUCGACCCGACGCUGGGCCACUGCAGCGAGGUGGCGGACAUCAUGCGGUGCGUCAAGGUGGCGCUGCUUUGCGUGCAGGACAACGCCAUGGACCGGCCGACAAUGACCGACGUGACGGCGAUGCUGGGGAACGACGGGGUGCCGCUGCCGGACCCGAGGCGGCCGCCGCAUUUCCACCUCCGGGUCACCAGCGACGAUGAGGAGGACGGCGUGGGCGGGUCUGGGACGCGGACACGGUCCACGCACUUCACCGGAUCCUGCAGCACCAACGACGUGACCAUCAGCACCAUCGAGGAAGGGAGGUGA